AUGAGUAAUCGCAAGACGUACGGUAAUAAGUAAACGAGAAUCUCUUUGGGCGAGAUAGACGACAUGUUCAAUGAUGCUGAAUUCAGUCAGGCUGUGAAGGAUACGUUCAAGAAGUAAUCGAGCACGGUGAGACAUGAUGGUCCAACCCAAACAACAAAUAUGUUUUAUUAGAAGCCAACGAUUUCACAGAUUAUGAGAUUGAGAGCCAAGGGAUCUCACACAGGAACCCGAUGUCCUUCACUAAAGAAGGAGGAACGCAAAACCAGAUGGGCUAGUUUAAUCAGUGAGGGUCGAACAGAACAUCACAAAAGGAUACCCUCUGAAAUAGAGAAUAUCCCAAUAUGUGCCUAAUAUGAGCAAUAUAGUUUCCUUUGUAGAGAGCAAGAGUAGUUGAUUUAAAAUUUGAGUGAGUUGCCCCAAUCAAUUAAAAUGAUGCUCUACUCCAACAUGUACGAAGUUCAAAGAGCCAAGAUGUGCGAAAACAAAACCAUCUUGGAUGACAAAUUCAUCUUCACCCUAUUCAACACACUACAACAAUUGGACAAACAGAUAAUUGAACCCUUACAUUAGUAGACCAGACCUGUAUUGAAUUUCAAAAUGCACUUUGUUUAAAAUGCUGUGAACAUCAUCUCGGAGACCAUUGUGUAGAGUGUUAGGGAAGCCUUGAGACAUGACACGCGUUUAGGCAUAUUUUUGGAAGGCUUUUGCAAAUUCUGGAUAGUGUUGAUUGACAUCCAAUUGUAAUGGAUGGGGAAGAGUUGUGCUGAUUACAUUGAGGCUCAAGUGAAGGAAUUCAAGGAACAAUUCAAAGAGGCUGUGGCUCAGAAGAUCAAAGUGGAAGAUCAGAUGAUUCAGAUGGAUAAGGAGUUUAAAUCUAUGGAGGCUCAAUUCAUUCGUAAACAUGAAUACUUAUAAUAACAGUUGUUGUCAGUCUAACAGGAAUAUCAAGAUUACAUAGUGGCAGUCCAGUAGAUGAGUGAUCUUAAGAUAGCAGAGGAGAGAAUGAACUCAGUUGGAUUGAAGGCUUUGGAAUUAGAGAGCAUGUUCAAAUAAUAUGAUAAGGUGGUCUCUCAACAUUCAUUUGUAUUCUAAAAGGACAUCAAAGAAUUGGGAACUGCUUUGAUACAAUAGAAAAAGUAGAACUAACCACUUCCAAUGAAACAUCAGGAAGCAUAAAUUCGGUUGGGAUGUCCAAAAUUGGCAGAAGAGAAUUACUAAUUGCAUUAAUUGAAUUCCAUAGGCAUUUUUAUGCAAGUGCAUCCGUUUUAGAUUCUGUAUGAAGUCAAUAAGGAAUUAGAGAUGGAUUAUCCAAUUUUAUUGGGCAACUUCCUGGAUUACUUGUCUCAAAUUAAUGAGGUCUAAUCUCAUGUUUGUAGGAUCUUUAUAGAUUGGGUGGGAGAGGAAGAUAAGUUGAAUGCCAUCUUGACCUACUUUAGUGAAUGCGAUCUCGAUAUACCGAUCAAUCUAUUUUAUGCCAUCAUCUUUGGGAUUCGUGAACAUCGCCAAUUGAGUUCAGUCUCUCUCAAGAAGUUACUCAAAUAUUAUAAGGAAUUGCAGGAGGAACACGAUUAUCAAUUGAAUGAACACUUCACUGUUUCUGAGGCACAUCCUUAUUUUUAAUUGAUGUUUUCAGAGGAAUUCAAUGAGAAGAUCACUAAUAGUUAGAAGCAAUCGAUGACUUUGUUGGAACUAUUACUGAUGCUGGCUCAACACUUCCUGUUGAUUGAGAACAAGCAAUGGGCUGGGUGGUUGUAUAAGUAGGAAAUCGAAUCUGAGGAUUUGAAUAUGAAUGUGAUCAAAUAAUUCAUUGAGUUACGUGCCCAAUUGAAUCGGCCACUUGAGGAGAGCCUCAAAUUAGUGAGACAACUCUCCUUGCUCCACCCUGACUUGUUUUAUAAGAGCAAGCAAGCUCCCCUGGAGAGGAUGAAGGCCUCGGUGCGGAAGGUGCAGCGGAAAAACUCACAACGAUCUCCUCUCAAGAGGUCAAGUAUUACUUUGAUUAAAGCUAUAAGUAUGAAAAAGUGA